AUGACGAUAAAUCUGAAAAGUCAGAGAAGCUGGAAGACGAAGAAGACGAAUUGGACGACGACGAUAUCGAUCUUAUUCAAGAAAACCUUGGAAACAGGAAAGAGAAGAAACAGCGUAUCAUCCAACCUGAUGAUUCGGAUGAAGACGUCGAUGAUCGUACAGCUAUACAAAAGAAACUUUUUGGAGAAAAUUUCCAACCGUUGCAGGGAGAUGACGGUGAGGGCCCUUCCAGUCCUCGAGAUGAACGCAGCGAUGAGGGUUCGGAAAGGGAUCAUUACUCAGACUCAGAGCAAAGCGGUCAGUAUACAUUUCCACUCGUUCUGUUUGGCAAAUGUUCAUCAGUGGAGAUGA